AUGGCCGACCAGCUCAGCCUCGCCUUCGCCGCCCUCGCCGACCCGACGCGCCGCGCCAUGCUCGCCCGGCUCGCCGAGGGACGCGUCGGCGUGUCGGAGCUGGCGGAGCCGUUCCUCGACUCGAUGAGCCUGCCGGCCGUCACCAAGCACGUGCAGGUGCUCGAGCGCGCGGGGCUAGUGACCAAGACUCGCGAGGCGCAGCGGCGGCCUUGCGAGCUCAACGUCGAGGGCUUGCGCGACAUCGCCGACUGGGUCGAGCCCUACCGCGCGAUGUGGGAGGAGACCUUCGAUCGGCUCGAUGAGUACCUGAAGACGGUUGCCGCGAAGCAAACGCCUACGAAGAAAAGUCCGAAGAAAGAACCGCCUCUCAAGAAGCAACCGGCGUCGAAGAAGCGAGCGAAGCGGGUGGCGGCCAAGGCAAGAAAGAUGGUCGCCAGAAGUAAGCCGAAUGAGCUCUAUCUCACGCGAGUCUUCGACGCGCCGGUCGCCGUCGUUUGGGACGCGUGGACCGACGUCGAGCAGGUCGCGCAGUGGUGGGGGCCGCGCGGUUUCACGCUGACGACGCACAGUAAGGACCUGCGUGUCGGAGGGACGUGGGUCUACACGAUGCACGGGCCCGACGGCACGGACUGGGAGAACAUCACGCACUACCACGAGGUCGUCGAGCCGAGCAAGGAGAAGCCUGGGAAGCUUGUCUACGACCACGGCGCCUCGGCCGACCGGCCGCCGCUGUUCCGCGUCACGGUCUCGUUCAGCGAGACCGACGGCAAGACGACGAUGGACAUGACGAUGGCGUUCGCCACGGCCGAGAUGGCGGCGGAGAGUCGCAAGUUCAUCAAGAAGGCCGGCGGCGACUCGACGUGGGACCGCUUCGCCGAGUACCUCGAUAAACAGUCCACCGGCAAAGAACGCUUUGUCAUCAACCGCAGCUUCGACGCGCCGAUCGAAACGGUGUUCGACAUGUGGACCCAGCCCGAGCACGUCGCGCGGUGGCUCCCGCCGACGGGUUUCCAGAUGGAGUUCUUGCGGUCCGACAUCCGCGUCGGCGGCAGCGCGUUCUACCGGAUGUAUAACGGCGCCGGCGAAGAGCUGCACGGCCGCAUCGAGUACCGCGAGAUCGAGAAGCCGAGCCUGCUGGUCUACACGCAAUCGUUCACCGACGCCGACGAGAACCUGACACGGCACCAGAUGGCGCCCGUCUGGCCCGAGACGAUGCUGACGAUGGUGACGUUCACGAGCGAAGGCCCCGACGCGACGCGCGUCAAAAUCGUCUGGGAGCCCUGCGGCGUCUACUCACCCGAAGAGGUGGCGGCGUUCGUCGCCGAACGCGGCGGCAUGACCCAGGGCUGGACCGGGUCGUUCGACAAGCUCGAAGAGCUGCUGGCUUGA